CAUGCCAUAUUUGACACCUGUGUCACUUUUGAAGAGGGCCAAGCUGCUGUGGGCUGUCUUUUCUUCCAGUUUGAAACUGACGCCUGCCGGGCAGAGGAGAGAGACGGGAUAAUGAGGGGACAUGUUCUAGAAGCAGCACGAACCCAUGCAGUCCCUGAGGACCAGCAGUGGUGACUAGGAUCUGUGAGCAUCACUGGAGAAGAUGCAGCUUUUUCCCCGCUCUCUGUCUCUGUGGUUUAAAAGGCCAGGCCGAGGAUUUGGAAAAGGAGGUGCUGGCAUGGAUUGGGGGUAGGGAAUCUGGGCUCGGAGAAAGCCAGACACAGCAGAACUAUUCUGUCCCAGAGCUGCAGGGUCCACAGAUUCCAGCCCAAACCAGCCAAUGGGAGAAGGCCCUCUAAUCCCAGAGAACUAAAGAAUUCUCUUCAGUUAUCCACCUUCACUGCUGAACCCUACUCCUGACCUCCACCCCCACCCUUACCCCUGCCCCGUUCAGAGGAGCCUGGAGGCCCCCAGGAGCACAGUCUCAUACUCCAUGAAGUGAAUCCAGCUUGACUGGCCUUCCAAGCAGAGUUUGAAGAAUGUUCUAAUGGAAAUGUCAGCCAGGACUAUGAAGCCUAACUUUGACAUGAAGAGAAAGGCAGACUCCUCCAGUCCCCCUGUUCUUGGUCCCUUUCUCUCAGAGCCUCACACUAGCCCUGGCCCUACCCCCGGCCCCCAACCCCGCCUCACACCCAUGGCUCUGCUCACCUCCCAUUUGAGAAGGGAGGGGAAAAUGCAGCAGUUGAUUUGCAUUUAGAAAAUGAUCAUGGGCCCGGCCCUCUGCAGCAGUGAAGGGGUUAAGAGGCUGGGCCAGCCACCUCAGCCUGCCCCUCCCAGGGAUUAAGAGUCCUCUAUAAAGGGGACUGUCCAUCCAGAUCGCGGCCAGGGGGGUAUCAGGGACCCAGGCAUCGUGCCCAUCCCCCCUGCCAUGUGGGAACUGCGGUCAGCCUCCUUCUGGAGGGCCAUAUUUGCUGAGUUCUUUGCCACCCUCUUCUAUGUCUUCUUUGGGCUGGGGGCUUCACUGCGUUGGACCCCGGGACCACUUCAUGUCUUACAGGUGGCUCUGGCCUUUGGCCUGGCCCUGGCUACCCUGGUGCAGGCUGUGGGCCACAUCAGCGGAGCCCAUGUCAACCCCGCCGUCACUUUCGCCUUCCUCGUGGGCUCCCAGAUGUCUCUGUUCCGUGCCUUCUGCUACAUGGCAGCCCAGCUCCUGGGAGCAGUGGCUGGAGCCGCCGUUCUGUACAGUGUUACCCCGCCUGCCGUCCGAGGAAACCUAGCACUUAAUACGUUGCACCCUGGGGUGAGCGUGGGCCAGGCCACCAUAGUGGAGAUCUUCUUGACACUCCAGUUCGUGCUCUGCAUCUUUGCCACGUACGAUGAGAGGCGGAAUGGCCGCCUGGGCUCCGUGGCCCUGGCUGUUGGCUUCUCCCUCACCCUGGGGCACCUCUUUGGGAUGUAUUAUACCGGUGCAGGCAUGAACCCUGCCCGCUCCUUUGCUCCUGCCAUUCUUACCAGAAGCUUCACCAACCACUGGGUGUACUGGGUGGGCCCAAUCAUUGGCGCGGGCCUGGGCAGUCUCCUUUACGACUUUCUCCUCUUCCCCCGGCUCAAGAGUGUUUCUGAGAGACUGUCUAUUCUCAAGGGUGCCAGGCCCAGUGACUCCAAUGGACAACCAGAGGGCACAGGGGAACCUGUUGAACUGAAGACCCAGGCACUGUAAAAGCUCCAGCUGGACCAGAAGGAGUAGGAAGCUUCUGGGUUUACAUGGAGGGGCCUGGAUGAAGAAAGAGACUGUGGGAGGGGCAUGUACUUCUUUAUUUUUAAAUUUAUGUGUGUGUGUUUUUUUGCCUUUUGCCGUGUGAAAUCUUUCAAGUUGCAUUCAUGAGCUGGUUGGUGCAAACUUCCCUUCCUCCCCAUCCCACCUCUCUUCGCCGCUGUGCGUGCAUGGUUGUUUGUAUGACUGUGAGUGAACAUGGCUAUGUCUGAGUUUGGGGGCAUGGCAUGAGAGGUAGGGAAGGGAAAAGAGGUGUCAUCCUACACCUUCCUCUCCCAACCUGGUGUGGUAAGUACAGGACACCAAGACCUUAAGGCCUUUACCAUAGUGCCAGUCAAGUGUAUGGCUCUGGGUUUCUGAGGGAGCAGGGAAGCAGUUAGUUACUCCUUAGAGGAGGCAGGUGGAAAGAGAAGUGCAGGAGACUGAGGCAUUCCAAGGGUUGGGAGAAGCAGCUGAGAGUUGGAGAGAAAAUGGAGGUGUCCAACCCAGAUCAGGAUGCAAUUGUACCAAAAAGUUUUGGAGAAGUUAACAGGAGAGUGUAGCUUACUUAUCUCAGGGAUGCUUGCCCCAGGGACUUGGGUGGGGAAGUAGCUCUGAGAAAAGUGAACACUGGAGUUUGAAUUGUUCUGUAAAUCCACAUCAACCUGUCUACACCACUUGGCUGGGUUUUGUUUUCAUUCUGGCAGGAUGGGUCUCUUUGGAGCCCCUGGGCCAUUGAGCUCCCCAGCUGAAUAAAGGGUGGGUGAACCUAGAAUCUGGAAAAAUUAAGUAGCUGUCCUCCCUGUGUGGCCUCCAGGCAGAUGAUAUUUAAGCCCAGAAGAGCUCCCUUAGGCCAAAACAGGAAAUCUGAUGCCUGGAGCAAAUGCAGAGGUAGAGGGAAGUGGUGGGAGAGAAUUUGACCCUCAAGAGUUUUAAUUUACAGCAGACCAAAACACUCUUCAAAUGGCAUCUUUCCGCUUUUAUCACCAGUUCUAAAGUCGUCUUUAUUUUCCUUUUCUGUGUUUGUCCUUUCACUUUUCUCUCAUCUGUCCUUCCCAUCUUCAGCAAAUCUCUUCUAACUCUACACAUGUCCCAGAAAUUGAUUCUUUCUAUCCAACUCUUAAUAAUUCAAGAGACACCAUUUGAUCCCUAUCUUCUGUUGAUGGGAAAAUGCUCAUCUCAACAGGGGCCAGAGGAGACCCUGACCUAAUGAUCCUAAUGAUGAGUACUUAUGUUAACCUCUUCCAUUUUGAAGCCUCCUGCAUGCUUCGCAAGCUUUAAACCUAUACCUGUAGUAAGACAGACACCCCAGCCCAGCAAAAGACCACAUUCCCGCGUAGCUCAACUCUCCAAUUCCUCACAA